AUGGGUCGGCGCGGCGGGCCCUCCUGCGCGCGGGCCAUGGCGCGCCUGGCCGCCGUGCGCUCCCACUACUGCGCGCUGCUGCUGGCCGCGGCGCUGGCCGUCUGCGCCUUCUACUACCUGGGCUCGGGCCGCGAGACCUUCUCCAGCGCCACCAAGAGGCUGAAGGAGGCCCGCGCCGGGGCCCCCGCGGCGCCCUCGCCGCCCGCGCCGGAGGUGGUGCGGGGCUCGGCGGCGCCGGCCGCGGGCGCCAAGGCCAAGGGCCUGGAGGGCGGCGGGCCCGGGCCGGUGGACUACCACCUGCUCAUGAUGUUCACCAAGGCGGAGCACAGCGCGGCGCUGCAGGCCAAGGCCCGCGUGGCGCUGCGCUCGCUGCUGCGUCUCGCCAAGUUCGAGCCGCACGAGGUGCUCAACCUGCACUUCGUGAGCGAGGAGGCCAGCCGCGAGGUGGCCAAGGCCCUGCUGCGGGAGCUGCUGCCGCCCGCCGCCGGCUUCAAGUGCAAGGUUGUCUUCCACGAUGUCGGCGUGCUGACGGACAAGCUCUUCCCGGUCGUGGAGGCCAUGCAGAAGCACUUCAGUGCUGGCUCGGGGACCUACUACAGCGACUCCAUCUUCUUCCUCUCCGUCGCCAUGCAUCAGAUCAUGCCCAAAGAGAUCCUGCGGAUAAUUCAGCUGGACCUAGACCUGAAGUACAAGACCAACAUCCGGGAAUUGUUUGAGGAGUUUGACAGUUUCCUGCCGGGCGCCGUCAUCGGCAUAGCGAGAGAGAUGCAGCCGGUGUACAGGCACACAUUCUGGCAGUUUCGCCACGAGAACCCCGGGACCCGGGUCGGGGGCCCGCCCCCUGAGGGGCUCCCCGGCUUCAACAGCGGAGUGAUGCUGCUGGACCUGGAGGCCAUGCGCCGGUCCCUGCUCUACGGCCGCCUGCUGGAGCCGGCGCAGGUGCAGCGGCUGGCGGACAAGUACCACUUCCGCGGCCACCUCGGGGACCAGGACUUCUUCACCAUGAUCGGCAUGGAGCACCCCGAGCUCUUCCACGUGCUGGACUGCACCUGGAACCGGCAGCUGUGCACCUGGUGGAGGGACCACGGCUACAGUGACGUCUUCGAGGCUUACUUCCGCUGCGAGGGCCACGUCAAGAUCUACCACGGGAACUGCAACACCCCCAUCCCGGACGCCUAGGAGCCUCUGCGGCUGCGGGCUGCGGGCCGCGGGGCAGCGUCUGGGCCUUAGGGGCGUCGUCUGUCCCAGCCCGAGGCCUGGCCGCGCUGCAGGUGCUCCCGGGGGCGCGGCUCCGCGAAGGGCGGACGCAGACCUCUGGGCGAGAGAGCAGGUGUUUAGAGACGAGAACGGACAGGACAUGCCAUUCCCUGCCCUCGGCCCCCAAAUCUUGAAAUCCUUUCAAGAGCCGGCCUUUCUCAGACCAAACAUGAAUUUAUUUUAAAUGGCCAAGCUUCCAUUUUGCCAGAGGGAACAAGCAGCACUGCUGUCGCUCCCAGGGAGCUCUGAGGUCCAGCGCCCCGUGGAUGCCAGCCCGCCCGGGAGGCUGUGUGCGUGCGCCCGAGAUGCCCACACGGCGCGGCCCGGGUGGAAGGCGGCUGCCGGCUUGGGGUGCGGCGUGGGGGGCCAGCAGCGGCGCCCAUGGAAGCCUGGGCUCGUUACCGCAGCUUCCCCAGCCUCCUGCUCCCAGCUGCCCCCCAGAACGUCACGAUCCCUCCUUCCCCCCAGUCGGCCUCGGGGGCCCCGGGGGCCCGGGAAUCAGAUCCACCCUCAAGGAGCAGAGCUCGGCCGCCCGCGGGGACACGCAGCAGAGUCGCGUGCACGGAAGACGCCCUCCAUGAGCACCCCGCGGUUCACUCCAGGACUGACCAGCGUUCAGGCUCUUUACAAAGUCAUCCCGUGACCCUCGUAUCGCAGCGCAUCAGACCCCGUACCUUAGAAGGAGGUAGGCUCCUCUCUGGGCGCGUCCCCUCGCAGGAUGCAGACAGGAAGCCCCCGGCGGCCCAUUAGGUCUAGUCGGGUUCUUAGGGGAAGAACUGUCGCUGGAUUUCCAUCUCCUUUUAUUUCGGUUUCAUUCACUUUUUUUUAUUAUUAUUAUUUCUCUUCACCGUGAGUGAGAAUAGCUAAUAAACAACCUUUGAGAACACA